AUGCCACAGGCGAUUGUGCUGGGACCCAAUGAAUUUUCCAUAUAUGAUUCUCGAGCGGCCGUGUUCGAGAAACUAGGAAGGGUGAAGGAUGCACUCCGUGAUUCGAAGAAAGUGAUUGAUUUGGGACCACAGAGGUGGCAGGGGAUCAGUAAACUUGACCACGCGUUGCGCAUGAUCAACCUCGCUCUCGAGCGCGUGAAUGCGGACGAUGUCAGACGCGUCACCGAAAUCACCACAAUUCGGGACCAGAUCCAGCAGGGCCUGCAACAGCGGCGAGAACACGAAUCGCGCGCAUUUUAUCAUUUCGGUAAAUUGCCCCUCGAGAUUGCUACCACCAUCUUCACAAUGGUGGCCGCCGACGACCACACGCGAGUUAUAAGCCUCUCACAAGUUUGCCACAACUGGCGCGCUGCCAUCCUUGGCAUGCCCCGUCUAUGGAGCAACCUUAUUCUCACGAACAAGAACCCGGUCAAGAAGGCGAAGGUAUGGGCUGUGCGCUGUCAAGGGCGCCUGAUCGAGCUUCGUUUGCGUGCCGGGGUGGCACCCACUCCAUGGGCGCUGGACGAGCUUGCAUCCGUCCCUUUAGAUUGUCUGCGAGCUCUAGACGCGGAUAACUUCCCAAUCCAUGAAAUACGCCGACGACUUCCUACUUUCACGGACGACGUAUUGCAGAGACUCGACGAAUUAAACAUCCAACACUGCGCAGAUGUACGUGCUGCUUCUUGGCUAUGGAGGCAGCCUAGCAUGCGCAUUCGCGAUUUGACUAUUGCUCACUCUAUCUUCCACUGGGCUACUGCCGCUGAGAACAUCAAUCAACUUGAAUCCUUCACCUUCCGCGGCCCCGUUGUGGAUACUCCGUUGUCGGACAUUCUAGCCUUCCUGCGGCGGAAUCCCAAUCUUCGCAAACUCGCCCUCAGCAUGAUGGACAUACCUCUGGCAAAUCCUGGUGAGGACGAGGAGCCUAUACGCCUCCCUCACCUCAGCCACCUCGAGCUCGAAUAUCACGACUUUGCCACCAGUCGCAUCAUACCCAUACUCGAUAUUCCUGCGCUCAGCUCCCUGCAUAUUCGUGGAGGAAUACAUUCCUUGGAUACCACUCUGCGACAUCUGGUGCACAGCGGCUGUGCAGCUUCACUGCUCGAGCUUCGUAUCCAACGCUGUGCUGUCUCUGCGCAAAGCAUUAUUGAGCUAUUACGUUGUACCCCUUCGUUGGAAACGCUUCAGCUAGAGCACGUUGGAGGCAGCCAAGCGAAUAAGAUUCUCGAAAGCCUUGCGGAACCCAGGCCCCACAUAAUUAGCGAGCAAGAGACGCUCAGCGCAGUCCUAUGCCCAUCUUUACGAACCGUCAACUUUUCACAUUGCCCCGACAUCAAGAGCGGAACCGUUCUGCGUCUAGUGAAGACGCGCUUGCCUACCGAUACGCUGACCGUAACCGAGGACGCAUCCCAAGAGAGCCGACCACCACCAAUUGUCCCGAUCGAUACGCUUAUAAUCGACGGGUGCCCAAACAUCGACGCCGACAUCCUGCCUUGGCUGAGGAACAAAGUCCGCGUGGUCAGUUGCGUGUACAUGACGAAGAAAGAUGCUCGAUGGAAGCGAUGA